CGCAACGCGUAAGAUCCGGGCCUGGGGAAGGAUGAAUGCAAAUUUCAAAGAUGGCGGCGGAGGGAGGAGGGAAGGAGAUGAACGAAAUUAAAACUCAGUUCACCACCCGAGAAGGCGCGUACAAACUCCUCACACACUCCGAAUACAGCCGCCCCAACAGGGUGCCUUUCAAUUCUCAAGGCUCAAAUCCCGUCAAAGUCUCUUUCGUGAACGUCAAUGACCAGUCUGGCAACGGCGACAGAAUCUGCUUCAAUGUGGGCCGGGAGCUCUACUUCUACAUCUACAAAGGCGUCAGGAAGGCUGCUGACCUAAGUAAGCCAAUAGACAAGAGGAUAUACAAGGGAACACAGCCCACUUGCCAUGACUUUAACCACCUCACUGCCACGGCUGAGAGCGUGUCGCUGCUUGUGGGCUUCUCGGCUGGGCAGGUGCAGCUUAUUGACCCUAUCAAGAAAGAGACAAGUAAACUCUUCAAUGAAGAAAGACUAAUAGACAAAUCUAGAGUGACGUGUGUGAAAUGGGUGCCCGGCUCCGAGAGCCUCUUCCUUGUAGCCCAUUCCAGUGGGAGCAUGUACCUGUACAAUGUGGAGCAUGCGUGUGGUACUGCUGCACCCCACUACCAGCUGCUCAAGCAAGGCGAGAGUUACACUGUGCACACAUGCAAGAGCAAGUCAACACGCAACCCACUGCUGAAGUGGACGGUAGGCGAGGGUGCAUUGAAUGAGUUUGCUUUCUCACCUGAUGGCAAGUUUGUGGCAUGUGCAAGCCAGGAUGGCUUCCUGCGCGUGUUCCACUUUGAUGGUGCUGAGCUGCAUGGAACUAUGCGCAGCUAUUUUGGUGGCCUGCUUUGUGUGUGCUGGAGCCCAGACGGUCGCUAUGUAGUAGCGGGUGGUGAGGAUGAUCUGGUAACUGUGUGGUCAUUCAGUGAGAGGCGUGUGGUUGCUCGAGGCCAUGGUCACAAGUCCUGGGUAAGUGUUGUGGCCUUUGACCACUACACCACCAGCGUAGAGGAGACUGAACCCAACGAGUUCAGUGGCAGUGAUGACGACCUGCAGGAGCAGGCACUCACAGGCCGUGAGCGUGCCAACAGCACACACUCGCGCCUCUCAAAAAGAAACUCCACAGAUGGCCGUCCACUCAGCGUUACCUACCGUUUUGGUUCUGUGGGACAGGACACUCAGUUGUGCCUAUGGGACUUGACAGAGGACAUUUUGUUCCCACACCUACCGUUAUCCCGAACCAGAACCCAUACCAACGUCAUGAAUGCCACAAGUCUCCCAGUCUCGGGAAGUGGAGGAGGAGUAAGUGGAGGAGGAGGUGGAACAAUAAUCACAAGCAUCAACAACCCAAGUGCCAACGGAGGAAGCAGCAGCAGCAGCAGCAACAGUGGCUCCAAUACACCAGGCAACUCUGUGCCUGCACAGCUGCCACGCUCCAACAGCCUUCCGCACUCAGCUGCUUCCAGUGGCAGUGGCAACAGCAAAAGUGGCACGAUGGACAACACCAACGCAGUGCCAUCAAGUGUAAGCAAGUUUGCUACACUGGCACUGCAUGAGCGCAAGGAGCGACACCAUGACAAGGAGCACAAGCGCAACCACAGCAUGGGCCACAUCAGCAGCAAGAGCAGUGACAAACUGCAUCUGCUCGCUAAGACAAGCAGAGCGGAUGCAGCCAAGACGCUGGGCACACCGCUCUGUCCACGAAUGGAGGAUGUGCCGCUGCUUGAGCCACUCAUUUGCAAGAAAAUAGCACAUGAAAGGCUCACCGUACUUAUCUUUCUUGAGGACUGCAUAGUCACUGCAUGUCAGGAGGGAUUUAUUUGCACGUGGGCCAGGCCCGGGAAAGUGGUUUUUGGAUUAAUUACCAAUUAACAUCAGGAAUGCUUGCAAAACUGGAGUUGGGACUGUACAUGGGGUUUAUUGUCAUCCCAAAAUCAAGCCAACUCGCCCAGUGGAACAGUAGUAUAGCCACAAUAUUUCUGCUGCUACAUCACAUCAAGCUGUCAACAUAGAGAGCCCUGUGCUGCUCUUCAUGUUUAGAGCAUUGCAUCUUUUAGUUCUCUCUUUCUUCCUUUCUCUCUAACCUUUCUCUCUUUCUCUCCCCUCCCCCCCCUCCCCCGGCCAUUUCUUAAAUCUGUCAGUGGUUGCCUCACAUGGUCUACCUGCACUGUGGACAUGCUAAGACUGUGCACAAAUGGAAACAGUGUGCUGCAGUGAUGGACUGUGGCCAAUGGUGGUGUUGUGCCCCUUCUCCUUUUCUCUUUACAAAGAAAAGUAUUUAUUUUUGGUUAUUUUCUUUCUCACAAAACAUUUCCCUUCCUGACGCAAGUGUGACUGUAGUGAGGAAACCAGGGGCUAAAGAGAAUCCAAGGACUUGCUUCCAUCCAGAUUCUUUUCCUUUGUUCUUUUUUUUGGAAUCAUCCCCCCCCCCCCACUUUAAGAACUUUGCACUGAUUUUAUUUUGAUUUCUCUUUUUGGUAACUACUAUAAAGGAUAAAAAGACAAAAAACAACAACAACAAAAAAAAACAACGAUCUGGGGAUGGCCUUGAUGCACUUGGCUUUAUUAUCCUCUGGCUUGAAAUUUGAAUCUGAAUAGCUGGAUGCUGCAAUCAAAGUGUUUUUUUUUUUUUUUUUUUUUUUUUUUUUUUUUUUUUUUAAAGAAAAUUAUUUGCACUUACUAGUUUAUUAGAAGAGAAUGGCUUUACAUUUUGUGUGCAAGGACUCUCAGACUGGUAUAACAUGGAGAAAUGAGAUAAUUAAAAAAAACUUUGUAUCUAUUGAGCAUUUAUUUUAAUAUUGUUUCAGAUUAAAAUCUGCUUUGUAUUAUAUGUAUAAUAUUGUAAUUCAGUGAUUAAUGGGGCAAAAGCAAAUGAUCAGUACUACUCUAGUGGACGUUUUGUCAUCAUUAAAGAAAAUAGUGAUAUUUCUAAGGCAGAAAAAUUCACAAUGAUAUUAAAAAAAAUCUUGAAUAUGCAGAUUUCUGCUAUUUUUUUUUUCCUUUCCUCUUGUACAAACUUCAUCCAGAUGUAUUUUGAUAUAGGAAAUUUAUGUGUCAAAAGGCUUGAACCUUUGAGCAAAUGUGUUUAAUGUUAUAAAUUCACAAAAUGCAGUGUUGUCUGCGAACAGCUAAACCCGAAAAUUCUAAUGUGUGAAGCUCAGGAAGUCUGGCAGACAAAAAAGUGUAAUAAGAUCUGAGUUCAUGUUUUUGCUUAGCAGCAGCAAUGCUAUUCUGCAUAAUGAUACUAAAUCAUCCCCACUAGGAAUGACUACAGUAGUUUUGAAAUUGAUUGGUAGAAUCUCACCAUGUGACCAUAGCUAAUGUUUUAAUGUACCUUUUUGUGACUACCAGUCAUUGUUAAUGCACCAUUAAUGCACAGUGAAUCCACACUAACCAGGAAAGGCAAGGAUGCUACAAUGGUCACGUUUUAUGUUGUUAACAUUUUUACAGUUCACAUUUUGUUCUUCAUUAAAAAAAAGUUCAUUGACA